GCUGUAGUCCCGGCGCCGCCAUUUCCCGGCAGCGUGCGGCCGCCGCCCGCGGUGACUUUGCGGCAUGGAGAGCGGCUUCGGCUCAGACUUCGGUUCCGACUUCGGCUCCGGGGGCGGCGGGGGCGGCAAGCUGGACCCGGGGCUCAUUAUGGAGCAGGUGAAGGUGCAGAUCGCCGUGGCCAACGCUCAGGAGCUGCUGCAGCGCAUGACCGACAAAUGCUUUCGGAAGUGCAUCGGGAAGCCCGGCGGGGCCCUGGACAACUCGGAGCAGAAGUGCAUCGCGAUGUGCAUGGACCGGUACAUGGACUCCUGGAACACCGUGUCCCGAGCCUACAACUCUCGGCUGCAGCGGGAGAGAGCCAACAUGUGACGGCCCCGGCUCCCGGGCCGGGAGGGACCAUGCCGGGAAGGGACGAGCGGCCAGUCCGGGGGGGUUGGGGCUGAAGUCCUGGCGCCUUCCAGCCCCGGCCGUGGCAGAGCAAUAAACCCUCGCUGAACCUUUUGCAUCCCUUGGCUUUUAUUGGCACCAGCCCCAGGAGCGAGUGAAUUUUCCAGCCUCGAGAGCCGCCGCCAGCUGCUUGCUUUACCUCAGGCUCUUCCCAGCGGUCCAGACCGGCCAAGGGAUGUAGCAGCUGAGAAAUGCCUGCUGGAAGGGCUGCAAGGAGCCUUCUGUGGAAAAGGGGGAGGCCAAGACAGCAGCAAGCCCCUUGCCCAGGAAGCCAGCACGGAGCCAGCCAGCAGGUAGUUACCCAGGCCCUGCUCAUCAGUGCAGACGCUGC